AUGUCGAGGAUGAUGUUGAGAUCAAAUGGUAAGCCGCCUCUCCCAAGAUCUCCCAUACGCCUUCGUCCCCGCCGCCAAGCUCUUCAGCCCAUCAACAAUAAUCCUGCUCGCACCCCACCAGGCUCAUUGACAAAAUCCCAGCUGCCCAAGUACACACAGGACAUACAAAGUCCGGAACUCCGGCCCGAGUACCACACCAUCUCAUGUGAACUACGGGCUCUUGCAAAAAUGGUGCACCAAGAACUCGGGGACCCCAAUGACACCACAGUGGCCAAUGUUGGUAGUGUUCCCAUGUGGCCCCAAAGGAGCCCUUUGUUCAAAAGAGGCCGAUUCUAUGAUGAGUACUCAGCAAGGAGGAACGAGAGGCUAAAGAUAAAGAAAGGUGAAAUGGAGUAUGGGAAAAAACCGUGUUACGACCUUGGUGUUAGGGUUGAGUCCGCUAAAAAAAGGGAGUUGGGAAAGUUUGACAGUCGUAGGAAGGCAGUGGCAGCUGCAGCCACGCCAUUGGCAGAAAGGAUGGAGGCCCGUACUCCGAGGUACUCGUUGAGGAGCAGUACGAACAAGGUGAUGAACAAGAAGCCGCCGCAGCCUUUGCCGGUGCGAAUGUCUGUGGGGGUUUCUGAGAGGAAAGUAGGAGUUAGGAGGACCAGAAAAGCCUGA